AUGCAUGAUGGAAGCGGCUGGAAAAUAGGCCCGGGGUUUACCUGAAUUUAUAUUUUUUCUUUCCAAAAAAAUCUUGACGCGUUGCUUUUUUUUCUUUUUUGUCUCCUUAUCUUUGACGAAAGACAAACUUACACCUAUUCAAGCAUGGAACGUACAUUUAUUAUGGUCAAGCCAGACGGCGUGCAACGCGGUUUGGUCGGUGAGAUUAUCAAACGCUUUGAACAAAAAGGAUACCAAUUGUUAGCAAUGGAAAUGGUCCAUCCCACCCGCGAAAUCUUGGAAGAGCACUAUCAAGAACACAAAGGAAAGCCUUUCUUCCCUAAAAUUGUCGAUUUCAUGAGCUCAGGUCCUGUCGUCGCUAUGGUUUGGUAUGGUAAUGAGGUCAUCAAGACAGGCAGAAAGAUGCUGGGCGCAACCAAUCCUCUCGAAAGCGCGCCUGGUACGAUUCGUGGUGAUUUCGGUGUCGUUACAGGUCGUAAUAUCUGUCACGGAUCUGACUCUGCUGAAUCUGCUGAACGCGAGAUCAAAUUAUGGUUCCCUCAAGGUGUCACAAUGUACGACAAUACACGCACAUUGCAGCAAUGGCUUUAUGAAUAA